AUCAGAGCUGUGAGGCAGUCAGGAAAGGGUUAACUUCCCCUCCUCCUCCUCUUGCAGUUCAGCCUGCCAUGAAAAAAACCUGUUUCCACAUGCCUCAAAACAUUUCAGCCUCGAGGUGUCGGCCGGUUUCCUGACACUGAACACAAGCUUCAGAUCUGCAGUUCGUCUGUUUGUCAGUUCAUCGUCUCACCAUGUUAGUUUCCAGAUUUCUCUGCAGGCUGUACCGCUCUAAACCUGCAAAACUCAGAAUCUACACAUCAUCUUCGGUCUUCUCUGCUAGUGUUGUUUCCAGUUACAGCAGUCAACCCACAUCCAAAGAUGCGUUUGUUCGUUACAGCUUCGGUCGCCCCGUCCUCUCCCUGCGUCUCCCUGCAGGUCAGCAGAGUCGUUUCACUCUGACGCCCAUGUUGACCACAGUCGGUGACCUUCUGAGUGACAUCACAGCCAAGGACCCAGGGGUGCAAACCGCCACCAUUCUCAACAGAGAUGGACAGAGAAUCUCUUCAUGCACCUUUAUGGAAACUGUUUUAAAUGACGAUUUUCAACUGGUCAUCAAUGAUGUCACACACAACGUUGGCUCACUUGGACAAGGUUCGUCUCAUGAACACGUGUUGGGUCUGGAUGACAUGAAGUACAUGGUCCACCUGCUCCACUCAGCUCUGAUGCUUCCUCAGCAGCAGCACAACAAACACACCGAGCUAAUGUCCAGACAGGAGCAGCUCAAAGAGCAGCUGCAGCCGCUCGAGACGGUGAGAGUCAAGUUGGCGCAGGAGGCGGAGUCUAGAGCAUCACUACUUGGGUGGGCGGGGCUUGCCUACCUGUCCUUUCAGGGAGGAUUCCUGGGUUACCUCACUUGGUAUGUGUUUGCCUGGGACGUCAUGGAACCAGUCACCUUCUUCAUCACCUGCAGCACCAGUAUGAUGUUCUUCGCCUAUUACAUCCUCACCAAACAGGAUUUAAUCUUACCGGAAGCACGAGAUCGUCAGUUCCUUAACUUCUUCCACCAGAAAGCAUCUCGACAGAAAUUCAACAUUCAACAAUACAACGAGCUCAAAGAAGAGCUGGCUAAGGUGGAGGGUGAACUCAGCAGUUUGAGGAGUGCCAUCCGGCUGCAGGUGGAUCAGCCUCAACCACAGAGAGACACCUGAGAAUUUACUUUAUGACAUUAAUUGUAAUUUUUGCAUAUUUUGUACUAGUUUCUUAAAAAAUAAUUUGUUUUCCUAAUGCUUUUGUCAUCUGUGUUCAUAAAAAAAAAAGUUCUUAUUCUGCUUGUAUUAUAUCUUGGUAUUUCACAAAUAUCAAAA